AUUUCCCACCUCAGCUCCGCCUCCUUCCCCCGAACCUUCCCUGGUCUCGGUCUCUUCCCCCCUCACUCUUCCCUCCGGGACCGAGAGUGACAGACCCGCGCGCUCCGGGAGGAGGCUGGGACUCUGCCGGGAGGAGCCAGUCCGCGGUUCGCUGCUACCUGGGCUUCAUGACGCCCCCGAGGGCAUCCCGGGGGGAUCCCGACCCAGCCGCGAGACCCCGGGUAGAUUUACAUUUUCUCCGACGCUUCCUAAAGAUACAGUCCAUCUUAUUUCCCAGUUUUUCCUCACAGAAUGCUUUGAUGUUCCUGACCCUUCUCUGUGUCACUCUGCUGGAGCAGCUGGUCAUCUACCAGGUGGGGCUAAUACCCAGUCAGUACUAUGGUGUCUUAGGAAACAAGGAUCUGGAUGGAUUCAAGACCCUGACAUGUUUAGCUCUUGUUCUCAUCGUGGUCAACUCCACACUGAAGAGCUUUGACCAGUUUAUCUGUAACCUGUUGUAUGUGAACUGGAGGAAGAAUCUUACUGAGCACCUUCAUUGUCUUUACUUCCGGGGCCGAAUCUACUACACCCUCAACGUGAUUCGUGAUGACAUUGAUAAUCCGGAUCAGCGUAUUAGUCAAGAUGUAGAGAGGUUCUGUCGACAGCUCAGCACCAUGGCCAGCAAGCUGAUCAUCUCCCCUUUCACCAUCUCCUACUACACAUAUCAGUGCUUUCAAAGUACAAGCUGGCUUGGACCAGUGAGUAUCUUUGGUUACUUUGUCCUGGGAACCAUAGUGAACAAAGUCCUCAUGAGCCCUAUUGUUUCAAAGCUGGUUCAACAGGAAAAACUGGAAGGAGAUUUCAGGUUUAAGCAUGUGCAGCUUCGGGUGAAUGCUGAGCCAGCAGCUUUCUAUAGAGCUGGGCAUGUAGAACAUGUGAGGACGAAUUACAGGCUGCAGAAACUCUUGCAGACUCAGAAGGAACUCAUGUCCAAGGAACUUUGGCUUUAUAUUGGCAUCAAUACAUUCGACUACUUGGGCAGCAUCCUGAGCUAUGUGGUUAUUGCGAUUCCUAUCUUCAGCGGUGUCUACGGCGACUUGACCCCAGCAGAGCUAAGUGCCCUGGUUAGCAAGAACGCCUUUGUGUCCAUUUAUCUCAUCAGUUGCUUCAGUCAACUCAUUGACCUCUCAACAACCUUCUCUGAUGUGGCUGGCUAUACACAUAGAAUUGGGGAAUUGCAAGAGACCCUGUUGGAUAUGUCUUUAAAGCCUCGAGACUGUGAUUCAGAAGAUUUGGAUGAAUGGGAUUUUGAUGAGGCCUCAAGAUCAAAGGUGACUGACACAGCCUUUCUCCUGGAUCGGGUCUCCAUUUCAGUCCCAUCUUCUGACAAGCCUCUGAUUAAGGAUCUGAGCCUGACAGUUUCUGAGGGGCAGAGCCUGCUUAUCACAGGGAACACGGGCACUGGCAAGAGCUCCUUGCUCAGGGUCCUGGCCGGCUUGUGGGAGAGCAUGCAUGGUACUGUACAGAUGCUGACAAGUUUUGGACCUCAUGGAGUGUUGUUUCUGCCACAGAGACCUUUCUUCACAGAUGGGACUUUGCGUGAGCAGGUAAUUUAUCCUUUGAAAGAAAUCUACCCAGUAUCAGGUUCUGCUGAUGAUGAGAGGAUCAUGAGGUUCUUGGAAUUAGCUGGCCUGUCAAGUCUGGUGGCAAGGACAGGGGGACUGGACCAACAGGUAGACUGGAACUGGUAUGAUGUUUUGUCCCCAGGAGAGAUGCAAAGACUUUCUUUUGCCCGGCUCUUCUAUUUGCAACCUAAAUAUGCAGUGUUGGAUGAAGCCACAAGCGCUCUCACCGAAGAGGUGGAGAGUGAGCUGUACCGCAUCUGCCAACAGUUGGGUAUGACGCUCAUCAGCGUGGGCCAUCGACAAAGUCUAGAGAAGUUCCAUUCUUCAGUUCUGAAACUUUGUGGAGGAGGAAAAUGGGAACUUAUCAUCAACAAAGAAGAAUGAAACAGCUGAGGAACUAGGCAGCUUCUGAAAGGAGCCAAGCCCCAUUUGGGCUGUUUAUCCAGAAGAGACCAGAAAAGCUGAUUAAGUAAGCUAGGACUAACUCCUUAAGUAGACUUCCUGUGGAUUGAAAGUAUCUGCUGCUGCUGCCUUAAUUUGGGCAGAAUGUUUAGUUGGUGCUCAGUCCCUACCUCCAGUGCCUUUUUGGGGGACAUCCCCCCACCUCAGCCAGGACCCAGAAUCCUUAAAAUGCUUAGUAAUUUAA